GAGGGCAGUCAUCUAGCAGGCAGCAGGCAGCAGCCAUCCAUCCUGCCACCCAACCAGCCGCCACAAGAGAGCCGUGAGAGAGACAGAGAGAGAAAGAGAGUGCGAGAAGCUGAGAAAAGGGGGGCGAGGGAGGGAGACGGGUGGAGGAGUGUACGUGUGCAGGAGCGAGACGGUGAUAAAGGGAAAGGGAGAGGAUAGAGGGCGAGCGAGAUAGAUAGAGGUAGAGAGCUAGAGCUAGAGAGCGGAGGAGAGUAAUGGUCAGCUGGGACAGCAGCGGGAUCGUCUGGAAGAUCGGGAAAUGGUCGUGGGCCAUGUAACUCGGGCUAGUCGUCGUCGUCGUCUGGGUGGUUGCAGCAGGAGGAGGAGGAGCGGUGUGGAGGAGACCGAGCCGCGGCGGCCGCACAAUGUUCGCGUACGGUUCCGAGAUCACAUAGACACCACGACAGUGUAAUUGUAAUUAUGCGCCGCGCGGCGACGACCGCUUCCAUUUCGCGGUGAAAAUCUGGCGUGAAACACGGUGCUGCGGUGCGGCGAUGGCGAUGGCGUCGGCGGCGGGUCCUGCCGACGGUUCUGCGGUCGCCACCCACGGCCACAGCUUCUGCAAGAAGACCUUCCACAAGCCCACUUACUGCCACCACUGCAGCGACAUGCUAUGGGGUCUCAUCCAGCAGGGCUUCAUCUGCGAAGUUUGCAACUUCGUGGUGCAUGAUCGCUGUCUAAAGACGGUGGUGUCUCCCUGCUCCAGCGUCGCAGCCAACCUGAUCAAGAACCCGGUCGCUCAUUGCUGGUCGGAACCUUUCCAUCACAAGCGGAAGUUUUGCAACGUCUGUCGCAAGCGUUUGGACGAUAGCGUUUCCAUCCACUGCGAAAUAUGCGAGUAUUACGUGCACACGGAAUGCCAGGACUUCGCGGUGGCCGAUUGCAAGGAGAACGCGACGUACCUUCCUGGCAAGGGUCUCUCCUUCGUCCAUCACGAGCACCAUUGGCGCGAGGGCAAUCUUCCCAACAACUCCAAGUGCGCCCUCUGCAAGAAGACCUGCUGGACGUCGGAAUGCCUCUCCGGGUAUCGGUGCGAGUGGUGCGGCAUGACCUGUCACGCUUCUUGCCACGUCAACGUGCCGGUGGAAUGUACUUUCGGCAUCCUCGAACCCAUCUACCUGCCACCUCAUGCGGUCAGCAUUCCCAGAACGGAGGUGCCCAUGGAGGCCAUCAUCGGGGUGCAGGUCAGACGCAAGGAGACCCUAUCGCCGAGGAGCAUCUCCGAAGAGUUCAGUUCUGGUGACACGUCAACCAAGUAUCGCGAGUCCGAGGAGUUUCCUCAAUCACAAUCGCACUCCUCGCAGUCUCGCACCGAUAAGCAAAACAAGGAGAAGGAAGACCGCGACGAAGAAGUUAUUAAGGUUUACGACGGCAACAAUUCGGCCAGACGAAGGAUCUUCCGGACCAUACUGGUGGCUCGACAGGCGCCUCUCAAGCAAGUCCUCACGCAGGCUUUGAGAGCUUUCCACAUCACCAAGGACCCGGUUUCCUUCCAUCUGACCGAUAUGUACGCACCGGAGGAAACUCGUCUUCAAGAUCCGACACCGGUGCUGAAUCUGCACAGGAAGGAGGGCAAACGGCCGGCGGUCUUCUUGCGCUUCAGGGAUAGGGAUAAUGAUCAGGGCGAAGUUCGCAUGUACCCAGGGAAAUUGCAGGUAUCUCAGGCAUUCUGCACCGUGCCUGUAGAUUCGAAUACGACCGUCGCUGAUCUGAUCAGCGAGUCGCUCCAGAGAUUCGGACUCGUCGACAUCCAGUGCGAGGAUUACCGCUGCAGCGAAGUGCUACUGGAUAGAGGAGUUACUGAAAGGGUUCUAUCAUGGAACGAGAGGCCUUGGGAAAUAAUGAAACAAUUGGGCAGAGACAGCAUCCGACAGAUGGAGCUGAUGCGGUUCUACCUGCAGCUGAAGCAGGAUCCGCACGGUCCGAACCUGGCGCUCUUCGUCGGAAAUCUGCCGCCCAAUCUGUCCGAAAGAAACUACGAGAACAUCCUCACGGAAUUUUUGGGAAAGGAGAACAAGUUCUCGAAGAUCGGACCGAUCUACUAUGAAUACGGCUCAAUGGUGAUCACUUACGAGGAUUCCGAUAAGGCGGUGCGCGCACUGUACGCGCUCCGCGAGUCGAAAUUCGAGGAGAAGCAUCUGCUUGUUAUGCUGUUGCCGAAUAUCGAACCGUCUAUGGUUCCGGCCGGCGUUCAGCCGCUCCUCGUCUUCGUUAACGUAAAGUCGGGCGGUUGCCAAGGCUCCGAGCUGAUCUCGAGUUUCCGAAAGCUAUUGAAUCCCUAUCAAGUCUUCGACUUGGAUAACGGGGGGCCUUUGCCGGGCCUCUACGUCUUCCGCAACAUCCAGAACUACAAAAUUCUGGUGUGCGGUGGGGACGGAACGAUCGGCUGGGUCCUUCAAUGCCUGGACAACGUCGGCCAAGACUCGCAGUGCUCAUCCCCGGCCUGCGCCAUAGUACCUCUAGGAACAGGUAAUGAUUUGGCGCGGGUUCUGAGAUGGGGCUCGGGUUAUACGGGGGGUGAAGACCCGUUGAACCUGCUCCGCGACGUGAUCGACGCGGAGGAGAUCCGGCUCGACCGGUGGACCGUCGUUUUCCAUCCGGAAGAUAAGCAGGACAGCGAUAACGUCAAACAGGUCAACUCCACCGGUAAGAAGAGGCAAAAACUGUCCAAAAUGAAAGUGACCAAUGAGCAAAUUAAAAAAACAGUCGUGGCCGGUUCGACGAGCGAGGACAACUCCCAGAUAUUCGUGAUGAACAACUACUUCGGCAUCGGCAUAGACGCCGACCUCUGUCUGGACUUUCACAAUGCGCGCGAGGAGAAUCCCAACAAGUUCAACAGUCGUCUGCACAAUAAGGGCGUCUACGUGAAGAUGGGUCUCAGGAAGAUGGUGGGACGGAAGAUGUGCAAGGAUCUGCACAAGGAAAUGCGUCUCGAAGUAGACGGAAAGUUGGUCGAGUUGCCUCAGGUCGAAGGAAUCAUCAUUCUCAAUAUCUUAAGUUGGGGCUCCGGAGCGAAUCCUUGGGGACCGGAGAAGGAGGAUCAAUUUUCCAAGCCGAACCAUUGGGACGGUAUGCUCGAGGUGGUCGGCGUGACGGGGGUCGUGCAUCUGGGUCAAAUCCAAUCGGGGCUCAGGUCGGCCAUGCGCAUCGCUCAGGGAGGUCACAUCAAAAUCCACUUUCAUUCCGAUAUACCAGUGCAGGUCGACGGAGAGCCCUGGGUGCAGAGUCCCUGCGACGUUGUUGUCCUCAAAUCCGCACUGAAGGCGACGAUGCUGAAGAAAAUGAAGGGGAAGAUGAAGAGGCGCAACACCGAGCCCACGAUGCUCGUCUCGCCCGGCUCCAAUUUGGUACCCCUGCCCUCGAACGACGGGGAAUCCCCCACGGAUCCCAACAACACCACCUUCUAAAAACAAACAACAACAACAACAAAUAGUAAACAGAAAAGCAAAAUUACAAAACGUAAAAGAGCGAAAGAGAGAGAAUAAAGUAAAAGAGAGUACAUCUGCAAGUAAACAAGAAAAAGAAAGUAAUAAUAAUAUUAAUAUGAAUAAUAAUCCGUAUGUGUAUUUGUGAUCAAUUUAGUUUAAUCGGAAAAUUGUUUCGUUUUUUCGUUUUUUUUUAAAUUAUUUUUAAUUUCGGUAGAGUUUUAUUAUCGAAAU